CUUGGGUUCAACUCCCAACUCGUCCAUUUGCUUUUAAUCUUUUCAAAGUUAAACUUUUUCUUUUUAUUUCUCUACUUUUUCUAAUUUUUCAAAGAAACAAUGUCACUGGUUAUAGGACAUCAAAAAAUUAAUAGGAAAAAUUAAAAUGAAACAAGAUUCAUUCGAUCAAAAAAAAAAAAGCAUAUUGGAAGAAAUAGCUACUAAUUCAGAUCAACUCCCUGAUGCUUCUCCUAAGGGAACAAUUGACGAGUUGUGCAUUCCUAUUAUUCAAUUGAUCAACACCCAUAAGGAUUUGGUGACUACAAGUUCUUGUUCUGGUAGAGUCAGUGUGUUUUUAGAAGGUUCAAAAAUCAAAAACCUAAAGUUUACUGAAAAUAAUCAUCAAGAUAAUGACAAACUAAUACUGGAUAUUGAGACCCCUGAUAGUAACAACAUCAAAAUUGGUGGAAAAGGUGAAGGAGGUAAAUGGUUAUUUGUUACUCAUGAUAAAGCGGAACUAAAAAACUGGUACAAAGACUUGAACUUUAAAUUUCUAAAUGAUAAUAAUAAUAAUAAUGAAGAAAUAAUAAAUGAUUCUUUAGUGAAAAGAUAUAUUUUAUUUAAAUUUGAGCCGUUAAUCUUACAUAUCAAGUGCCGAAACUUUGAAGCUGCUUCAAAUGUUUAUAAGAUUGCAAUGAGCUGUGGAUUCAGGGAAUCUGGAAUUGGCACCAACAACUUGCUAGGUGUCAGAAUAUCCAUCAAAUUGGACAUCCCCAUUGGCUAUCUAAAUGAAUCCAACAACGAAUUGGAGUUGUUUGUUGAUGAAAACUACUUGAAAAUAGUAACCCAGCUUUCAAUAGACCGGUUCAACGAAAACACAAAGAAACUCGACAUGCUCUACAGCGCAAUCAAGAGCUUCAUCACCACAGACACCCAAAACAGCAUCAGCGCAACAACACCAGAAACCAAAGAAGCUCGAAGAGAACGCAAAAAACGCGAAGGUCUCCGGAAGAAGCUCGGAAAACCUGCUACCACGGCUGUGGAUAACGCACAUCAACGCGUAUCCACAUAUAAGGACGCAUAGACGCACGUGUGUUUGUUCGGCUCGCGUCGGAAGAAUUAUCCGGCGGCAUCCCACGCACGAAAACCGGCGUGGGCUGCUCUCCUCAUGAAGAUCAUAAAGCUUUUCCUUCUCUUUCUCUACUUCUUUGUUCACCUUUUGCUCUGCUGUCUGCAUUUCUGGAGCCAAUUCCCAAUUACAAUCAGCUACACUCAGCAGCAAAUGUUCAGUUUAGUAUCUGCCAGAUCGCCAGCAGUACGUUUGACUUGCUCUUUUGCAAGAUCAAGAGGUAAGAAAGAUCGCUCUUUUCCAUCCACACAAUACCCACUUUUCCUUUCCAUUUCUAACUCUCUGUGAUUCAAUCCCCAUUGUUUGUUUGUCUCUAGCCUUUCAUGUUUCUUGCCUCAAUUCUAAUCUCUCUCCAUUUGCUUUUCCUGCAAUGUCCCCAAC